AUGGCAAAGUCCACAAGCAAUGAUGCUCAGGCCCUCAUCCAUUCUUUGUAUUCAGCUUAUACUGCUACACCGACUAAACUCAAGGUAUUUUUCUAUGUUUUUUAAUGGUCCUCUCGUUGCAUGCCUAUUUUUUUUUCCCAUUCCUUUUCUUUCUUCUAACAUUGAUGUUGCAACUCAGAAAAUAAUAUGUCUAUUGAUAUCUGCAGAUUAUUGAUAUCUAUGUGAUCUUUGCGAUCCUCACUGCAUUAGUUCAGGUCUGUAAUUUCCUUUAAUAUUCAUGUAUACUAUCAGUUCUCAUUUUGGAUGUCAUUUCAUUUCAUGUCUGUGGCUACUCAAUGUAGUCUUAUUACCGUGAUAAGUUCACUUUUCUUCUGUCAAAGCAACUUUAUAUUAUUAUCAUUACGUUUCACACUGCAUGUGUAUACAUGUGCUAAAAAGUCUUUAAAUGCUCCGAUAGGUAUAUAUGUGAUAAGUACGGAUUCAUUAAAAAAAUAGGUUGGAAGAACCGGUCUGAUUCCUGUCAAGUUGAAUUUUGCAAGGUUUAGAAACCUAAAACCUAAAAUCAAGAACUCUAAAAUUCCAAUUAAGAGAUAAGAUGCUAUCGGAAAACAAGUUUGAAAAGAUAGAACACACCUCUCAAGAAAAGGAGGAAAAAUAUUGCGUAGAUGAUGUUUUGUUGUGACCUUUGAAGGAAACAUGAUUAGAUCUGACUUUGACAAAUAAUCAUGUUUUGUGUAACGUGAUUAUCCAUUCCCCUUACAAUUUAUGCACGUUAUGAAGAAAUCAAAACUGAUUUAUUUUAUGCUGGUAAUAAACUCGGUGCCCAGUAAAUGACCCUUGAAAACUUGAAUCAUUUUGAAUAUUUUUUAAGCAUAUGCUUGACAGAUUUCCACUUUUAUCGUCUCGUGACCUGUUCUAAUUGUUGCUUGCUUUAAGAAUGUAAUAUUCUUUAUUAUACUUGGUUGCUAAGUUGGAAUUGAAAGCGCCACUGGACUCAGCGAUGACCAUAACACGCUUCUGUGUUCAAUAACCUAGCUCCCUCUUGACAAACCCAAAUGCACGAUGUAGAAGACUUCGUUGUCUCUUUGGGAAAGGUCCUAGGCUUUAGAUCCACAGUAUUGCUUAUAUUCACCCAGAAUUCUCCAUAAUCCUCCAGACUCUGACCAGUCCGACCGAUUUCAUCCGGUCAUCGUUCUGCCCCCUGCCCUUCAUCCGGAUGAACUCUUCUCUUUCUACCCAUCUGCUGCAUUUUCCCCUGUUUCCUAAAGUCUAAAUAUAGAAUACAGAUUGACAUUCCGUGGUCUCACUGUUUCUCCCCUGGAAGAUAUCCACUGUUCUGAGCCCCGCUUCCUCGUUUGAUUUUGCCGCAGAUAGUUUACAUGGGAGUUGUCGGAACGUUCCCCUUCAACUCGUUCCUCUCGGGGGUGCUGUCUUGUGUCGGCACGGCGGUGCUCGCAGGUAAUCCAUUGUCGUUCUCAAUCCAGUACCCAGCUGAAAUUACCCAAAUUUGGCAAUAACCGGUCGUCGCUCCCACCUUAUUGGAUCACACAGUCUGCCUCCGCAUCCAAGUCAACAAGGAGAACAAAGAAUUCAAGGUAUAGAACACCUCUGUGAUCCCCAAGACCAUUAAAAGUCAGCGGUUUUGAUGAUCCAAGGAGUUAAUAUUGGAAACAAACCUGCAGGAUCUGCCGCCCGAGCGAGCCUUUGCGGACUUCGUUCUCUGCAACCUCGUCCUCCACCUGGUAAUCAUGAACUUCCUCGGGUAG